AUGAUGGAGGACAAACACAGAAGAAUGAUUAGACAACAUCAUCACUUACUGGUUCAGGACAUUGUCAUCAAUGAGACGUUUCUCGCUCGGCUUCAAGAAGAAGGGAUCUUUCCGUCCGACCAGUUGGAAAGUAUCAGGGCUGUGACGGACAAGUAUGAUCAAGGUUACAAAAUGCUGGAGCUGCUCCAAAAGCGUGGACCAAAGGCAUUUCAUAAAUUCGUUGGAAUACUUGAAACGGACUACGACUGGCUGGCUGAACUUCUAAAAGGUGCUGAAGUAACAGAAAUGUCAGGCCAUAACACAGCUGAAAUGCCAUGCAGAUCUCAACCUACACAAGAGGAAGACCAGACUACUGCCGAGCUGCCAGCCAUGGCUGCGUCCACUCAAAAGACAAGGAAGAAGAUCAUGAGCUCCGCGAAGCAGGACGCACUGGCUAAACACAGUGAGCUUAUCGCAAAAAUCGUCGACGUGGACACUGUCUUGAAGACAGUAAAAUCUUCUUUGUCUUCUGAUGAGAAGCAAGACAUUAAGAGCCAGCAAAGCAAAAAGGGAAAGAUGGGUAAGCUGCUGAAUGUCAUAUCGGCGAAAGAAGACAACACUUUCAAUCUUGUGAUAAAUCUUCUCCGACAAUGCGACAAAGAUCUCGCAAAUCAACUGGAAGAAUACGUUGCUGGUGUGGAAAAACGUUGUAAACAACAGGACAACUGUAAAAACAUUUGAGAGGGAGCCACUGUGGCACUGUGCCGACUAGGGAAAUGAGAUAUAGCAUUUUUGUCUCCACAUUUUUAACUAUGUAAGCAAGAGACGCUAAAAUACUAAUUUAAGUUGAAAUAGAAUGUCUUCGCUUCAAGAUUUGCUUCUGGGGAAAAAACUGGCAUGGUUGUACACCUUUUGUUUAGAAUUUCAAAGGCAUCAUGUCCUAGAAUUUGUCAGUUGACUUUUUGAACAGCGUGUUUCCAAAAUCAGUUUUUAGCGUGCUAGCCUUUGAGAAUGAUGUUACUGGCUUGUUUAAGAAUUACAAAAAGAAAUUGUUGCUUAAGUCAUGAUUUAAGUCAUCAUCAUCAUGAUGCAAAUUUUCAUAACAAUGACUGUUGCACACCUUCACAAAUAAAUAACAAACUAAAGGGGAAGAGCUUCACAAACAUUUUUGUGCCUGAUAAGUGUUUUAGUGGAAUAAGAGUAUCGAAUGGUUUUGAUAGCAGAAACGUCGUCUUUGAUGACAAAAUCAAAACCAAACACAGCAAACUGCAGUGACGAGAUACCGACCUAAGCAUGAUAAAUCUCAAUACAAUAAUAUCAAGGGUAGAGAAGUUAUAGACAGGAUUUUUCGAGAAAGCCAUCUUUUGUCUGAAGAUGUACCCUUAUUAGAGGUGACCGCAGAGUAGGACCAACAAGACUUUUUGUAAACAAUAAACCAACAAUGUAAAAAUCGCAGGUUAGCAAUGCUACUAAAAUCUCUGCUUAAAACAUGGAUAGUUUGUGACAAAAUGUUGUGUUUGGCGAUGACCAAUGACCUAUACACAAUUGUGAGGAUCUGAGAGUGUUCUCGACUGGGAUUUAAACGGUCGCGAAUUCGAGACCUUUGCGGGGAUACAACUGAAACACAGUCCCUUACGCAGUAGGUAUCCAGCAGAAGUGGUUGACUAGAUUUAUUAAGUAGAGACUGGCCUUACAAAGAACAGAUAUCUGCACGCGGAAGUAUCGUCGAUAACCACGUUAUCUCACGUCAGUCGGACGCGCAGCCUGACUACGAGAUCUGACUGCAACAACCACCUGAAAGUCGGGUAACACCAUAAAUCGCGGUGUGCAGACAAGGGAGCUUCAUUCCAGACAUUUUUUUUUAUAAUCGGCGAACACCUCUGACCCCCUAUUGGCAAGGUGCAGACUGUAGGCAUCGACAUACGAUAGUGUGGAGAAAACAUGGAGGAGAGACACAGAGCCAUUAUCAAAGAGCAUACCCAACAACUGGUGAAGGAUAUCGUCGUCAAUGAGGCGUUCCUCGCCGCCCUUUCAACAGAAGAAAUCUUUCCGCCUGAUAUGGAGGAAACUAUCAGGGCAAAGAAAGCUAACCACAAGAAAAUCUACAAAUUGCUAGAGCUCUUACCAAGACGAGGACCGACUGCUUUCAAGAAAUUUGUGAGGGUGCUGAGGGAAAGCUAUGCCUGGAUUGCCGACAUGCUCACAGCUGCUGAUGAAAGGCCGACGAAAGACCAGUUCAUGAGCCCAGUGAGACAAGUCGCACUGCACAACUGUCGUCUCGACAAACCGGAAGAUAUCGACUUCAACAUAAUCUGGAGCGAAGUUCAGUCUCAAUUUUCUUCAGAAGAACAACGAGAAAUCAAGAGCAAACCUAGCGGAAAAGAAAUGGAGAAACUGCUGGAUGUCUUAGCGAGAAAAGAUGACAUGGCCUUCGAUGACGUGCUGGCUGUUCUUCAAAGUCACUGCCAAUGGUUAGCAGACGAAAUAGAGCACCAGGUUUCUGAGGAGGAAAAGCGCUGGACGAAACAUGACAUCAGAACAAAGCUGUCUCAGGCUCUUCGGGCGUCAAGAAUCCCAGACAAGCAGAAAGAUAAUAUCAUUGAAAGGCUGACGGAAGUAGUGGAAAAGGAGAUUGCCAAGUCCAAGCGAGGAAGCGUCCUUAAUCAUAAAAUGGAAGCUCAGAUGAACACUGUCACCAAAAAGAUUCAGCUCCUUAUACUGAAAGAUGUAAAUCCACUCAUCUACGGCUCAGUGGACACAGACUUGCCGACGACAGAUGAUGAUCAGGACGCAAUCGAAGCGUUGAGGAACAAGCUGGAUAGUCUGAAGGUGCUACAGAAAUGUUACGAAGCCAUGAACAUCACAUACAGAAGAGGCGGCGACACACUCCCUGUCCUCCUAAUGCAGAAGAUAGAUGAGGUUCAGGCUAUUGUCGAAAAUAAUAAGCUGGGCAGAGAAGGUGAACAUCGCGAGUUGCAGGAGCUGAACAAAAAGAACAAAGAACUGGAAAGGGAGUUAAUCAGACUCAAAGAACUUGAAGGCGAAAAUAAAAGACUGGGAAAUUUAAGGAAGCAAGCAAAGAAAGCAGUUCGUACACUGAAAGACGAAAAUUUGACGAUGGAAAAAAACAAAAUGAAAACUGACGAAGAAAAUGAACGGCUUCAAUCCCAGCUGCAGAUAAUGGAGGAUAGAAUGUUGAUAUUGAUCAAAGGGAACGACAACCUGAACAUUCAGAAUAGUAAACUCCAAAGGGAUAACCAAAAGCUUUCUGCAACAAUUGCCCAACUCAGACUGGAAUCUGGAACAAACUAUAUAUCCUUUGUUGACCGGUUAAAAUCUGUAAAUAAAACAAUCAUAAAUGAAAACCUCAGGCUAAGGACAAAAUACAACAAGCUGGAGGAAAGCAAGCGACAGAAAAAUAUACGUCUGCAAAAAGUCCUUGUUGAGAACGAGUUUCUCCGACAGCAGAUACAGAAAUUAAAGCGCAUUGGUGCACACAACUCAACCACACGAUGAACUGUACAUGAACCAUUACCUCCACUUACUCCUUAAAAGUGGGACGUUUGAAGCAAACAUUAAACUGCCUGCUUCAUAAAUGAAUGAUGAGGGCUGGAAGAGCUGUGUCGUCUUCAUGAGUUUUGGAUUUUAAAGAGAUAGCUGAACUUUGAACUUCUGGAUAUUCUGGAGCAAAUACAGACGCCUCGCUGAUGUGAAAUGUGACACCAGAAGCGUAGUAAUAUUAGGUUUAUUAUAUUCAUAGCAUUUCACGGCUUCCGCAAGUGAAAAGAUGCCAGGAGAGUUGUUUGGGUAAGUGCUGGAUGGUGUAUGUGGAGAAAGGACAGCCUAAGGGUUUGCAUGCUGUUUGGGCAUGAUAUCUUGGCACAAACAGGCUUCACACUAACAACAAUGGUAAAGAUCGUUCCUUAGGCUUAACCAGGAUGUUUUAAUUGGUUGUUUUGUCGUUACUAAGAUCAACCAGGACGCUAUGAGUGGUACAGAGAGUACUAACACAGUUUGUACUAACACAAUGGUGCACCAAAAUAAACCUACCAGAUCUUGUGGCUGUAGUUUCCAGGUGUACAGUAUUUGUGUCUCGGUGUUGGGUUUCAACAAACUCUCUCCAGGUAAUUAUUUGCGGAGCAGAUGUGACGACAAACAUUCCUGUGCUUAACGAAAAAUCUCAAGCGAGCAGUUGUUCCUUGUUCUUGAGUGUAGAGGAACAUGGCACUGAUAAUGAUAGUCACUUGUAUCAACCUGCACGAAACGUGUGCACGUCACGUCGACACACAAGAGGAAGUAGAAAUAUUACUGCUCUUCUAUAACUACAACUCUAACAUUAUAUGCAAUUAAAGUAGCACUGUAACAAAACCAACGUACACUUACCUUGCACACGCACAGCGCACUACACACACAACACAACGCUGACAAGCCCCCGCAGAUGACGAUGAUGAUGAAGAGAUUUGUAGGUGAAUCGAGUCGAAGAUUUACAGUUUCAGAGGAAUGUCAUUGAAGAUGGCGGACGAAGACCGCUGGGGUUUUUUUUUCCCGCUCACUCGGCCAUUAGAGAAAAACUCCAUUUCUCAUGUGUGACGUCUUUUUCUGCUUCAAGUGACGUAGAACAAAUGACGCACACAAAACGUCAGACACAAGACACAAUUCAUACGCAAAACAAUAUGAGACCUACGCAACUCAUUGCAAGGAAUACAAUAGACUAGAAGAUGAAGAACUAGUUCAUCGACCAGAAAAGUGUUGGAAGCAGCAAGGAUUCAGAGAAUAUCAAGGAGUGUUAAAAAGGCAAAGGAACACAACAUCAUGGUGAGCUACAAGUCUGUCGAAGUGCCUUAUGAAGGGGAGAACACCACAGAUUUUACAGGAGAAUGAUCUGAGUGGUCUUGGCACGUGACCAAACAGGUGAGAAACACACUUCCCCAACUGAGACAAGCGUUCAUGAGAGUUAAAAUGGGUUUUGACAUGGAGCUAUUCUCCCCACCGACUGAGUGAAUGUGAUGUAACAUUUUAACGUCCACACAACGAUAAUCACAACAACAGUCACCAAUGUGGGUGACGAAUAAGGUUUUCGGUUCGACUGCAAUUUGUGAGUACUACCUCAAGUUGAUCUUUGUGUUUACGAUGGACUUUUCUCCAGUUCGCAUUCAUCGCCUUCAUUUGAAUGUACAUUUGAAAUCUACAGGAGGAAUAUUUGUCAGUUCACUUAUAAGCUCAGGAAAAUAUUUACAUAACUGUACAAGGACUACAAGCAUGGCCUUCACUUUGAAUUAAUUACCAGACUGCCUGCCUAACACUUCGACUGUCUUUUGUGUCUUGCAGACAGGGUGUAGUCUUGUGGUCUGUUAACGACCUCGCAGAGACCUUUGACCCCUGACCCUACAUUUCAGCGCAUGACAUUACGUCAGACACUGGGGACCACAGUAUGGACGACACACACCGACUCAUCUUACACGCUACCGUCGGAGACUGGCUGACGACAUCAUCAUCACUGAGAGGUUUCUGGCACAGCUUGAGGAGGAAGGCAUCUUUGAACGGGGCAUGGUGAAUGUCAUCAAGGUAAGUAAUAGAAACUUGUGAAGUGCAUACAUGUCUUUGUACCUUUGUUUCCAUAUUUGGUCAUCUCUUUGGUCACUGCAAUGCUUCCGUCCUUUAUCGUCGUCGUUGUUGUCGUCGUCCUCACUUUUCUUCUGAGACCAUUCUUCCUGCCGAAAAUAAUAUUGCCGAUAGGCGCUACCCAGAUAUUUCGCUUGGUUAUCAAGACCACGCUACACGCUACACGGGGGAAUGUGGGGUAGUGGGCUAUCGUCCGAUUUUUUGGAAAUAGACCCAGCACACAAAGAAAAGGAAAACCCCAAACUUGGGCUGUUACUUCCUUCAUUGGUCCUGAACCGUUCUCGUCAUUGGCAUACGACAGAAAGUAUGAGCAAGCAGAAAAUGAUAUACAGUGUGCACUGACCCA